AUGAAAAAUAGAGUUCCCCUAAGAGAAUAAAAGCCAUUUGCCCAUCUUUAAUAAAAAUAGGAUAUCAAAGAAGAGAAAGGACCUGCCAAUUUUGUUGUCCCAGUUUAAACAACAAAUAAAAGAAAAUCAAAUUUGCUCAAUAAUAAAGCAUUUGUAGCAGCAAUUAAAAAGGCUUGGCAAACUGGAAAUUUGGCCCUGGUGCAUUAUGAUUUAUAGGAUUUUCCUGAUGAGAUCAUUAAUAUUGACACCAUUAAUUUGGAAGGUGAAGAAUGGUGGUAGAAGUGUCCAUUAACAAAAUUGGAUUUAACAAAUAAUAAUAUUCAAGAUAUCCCUCUUUAUGACACAUUACAAGAAUUAUAAGUGUUAAGAUUGGGAAACAACAAAAUUGGCAGAUUUCAUUUUGAUUUGACAAAGCAAUUUUAAAAUUUGAAAUCAUUAACACUUCAAAACAAUCAAUUGGUAGAAUUCUCAUGUCGUCUUGAUUCAAUAGUCGAAUUAAAUUUAGCAGAUAAUAAACUAACUGGAAUUGACAACCUCUACUUCCCAAAUUUAGAGAUACUUGAUAUUACCAAUAAUUAAUUUGCACAACUUCCAUCAUACUUACCUCCAUUGAUCAAAAAGAUAUCUGCCAUCGGGAAUAAAAUACAAGCAAUCAAACAAUCAGAUUUAAUAGAAUGCAAGAAAUUAGAAGACCUUCAGUUGUCUAAAAAUCAAAUAGCAUUCAUAGAAGAAGGAGCAUUCUACAAUUUAAUCCAAUUAAGAGUAUUGGAUUUGAAAGAGAACAAACUUAAGUAUUUUACCCAGGAGUAGCUUGGCGAUAAUCAUGAGUGUUUAGAUUCAAUACAGUUAUCUUUUAAUUAAUUGGAUGUAUAUAAUUGCUAUGAAGGAAUCCAAAAUUUAUCAGUUCUUCUUCUCAAUAAUAAUAAAAUUAAAGAAUUGCAUAAAGAAAUCAUAAACUUAAAGAAUUUAAAGACUCUUGAUAUAUCAAAUAAUGAUUUGGGUGACUUACCUUCUUAAUUAGGAUUUUUAGCUUAAUUAGUUAGAAUAUAACUUGAAGGAAAUCCAUUAAAGUGCAUCAGAUCAAACAUUCGAAGUGCAGGUGCUCUUCAAUUAAAAAAGUACCUUCAAUAAAGAACAGAUGAUGCUGCCAAACUGGAAGUAUAGGCAGACCCUAAACUCAAAUAAUAAUUAUAUUAAUCGAACAACAUAUGGGAAGAAUACUUAAGGAAUUUCUUGCAUAAAGAUGAAUUAGCUAUUAGACAAAAAAGCAUCAAUCUAAUAGAUAAUUGUGUAUUCCGAUUGACAAAUCUGAUCAUCAUUGAUUUUUCAUAAAAUAAUAUUGAAAUGAUCCCAGAUCAAAUCCAAUAAUUAAGAAAUCUAAAGAAGGUUAAUUUUAAUGAGAAUAAAAUUACCUAAAUAUCGCUCUAUUUAUUCAACUUACCAGAUUUGGUCGAAUUGGAAUUAAGAUAAAAUAAAAUUCAAUUCCUACCAUCAAGAGAAUAAGUCUAUUUACCAAAUUUAAUUCAUCUUGAUCUUGGGAAAAAUUUACUAUAAAAUAUUCCUAACUUUGUACCAGAUUUAACAAGAUUAAGGAGAUUACUAUUGGCAUAUAACUAAAUAGACUCAAUUGAUAGUUUACUAUAAAAAGAAUCGAUACUAGAAGUGCUUGAUAUUAGCAAUAAUUCAAUUGAUUAAUUGAAUGAUGAAAUCUAUUUUAAAAUGCCAAAUUUAUAGCAUUUCAAUCUUUAGAAUAAUAAUAUGAGAACAUUUCCUACGAUAUUAGGUUUCAUGUCUCUGAAAACAUUACAAAUUGAUGGCAAUCCAACAAAAUUGAUUAGCAGAUAGAUAAUAGACAAAGGAACUGUUCACAUUUUAGAUUACUUGGCUAAAAAGCAUCCCUUAAAUUAGAUACCUCCUAAGAUUCAACCUAUCAUCAUAGAGGAACCAGUCAUAAAUAACUAAUCCCAAAUGUCUUAAUAAUAAUAGUCUUUAAAAUAAAGAUAAUCUAAUUAGAAUAGUAAAUCAUCUGCAUCCUCAUAGAUGCUAGUAGAAGAACCAAGAUAAUAGAGAUAAUAUGAGCAAUAAUAAAUAAUAUAGGAAUAGCCAUAACAGUAGUAAUAAAGAUAGCAAUAAUAUGUUGAUAUUGGAUAACUGAGAGUUGAAUUUCAAAAUCUUGAAGUAAAGAUCAAAUAGUUGGAAAGAGAAUUAAAUGAAAACUUUUCAUUAAAUAAGUUCCAGAUUUAAGAAAAAAGGAAAGUUUUAUAGGGUCUUAUGCUUUAAAGAUCUGCUAUAUUAUAAUAAAUUAAUAGUUUUUGA